UUAAUAUAAAACAUAAUAAAAUUUAAAUAUAUAAAAAUGCUGUUAAGGACCCAAAUAAGGAUUGGAUUAGUUUUGGCGUUUCUCAGCAUCGUGCGGAGUCAUCUCAACGUUUAUCUAAAUCUACAGGAGGUGGUGCGUUUAAUAGGUAUCAAAGCUGAACUGUAUUAUGUGCGCGAUGGCCAAGUCAAUGAUUAUGCAUUGAAUUUUGCCGUACCAGUACCGGCGAACGUCAGCGAUAUCUCUUUCACUUGGCAGAGCUUGGCGCAUCAUCGUUUGCCAUACAGCAUCAAUAUAAUAACAUCAGAACCAUCGGUGCUGCCACGACCCACAUUGAAUAUUUCGCGCAUCGGUGAAAUUCCAUUGGAGCUGCAGACAUUCACUGUUGGCAUGAAAUGCUCAGGUACACGUGACGCUGAAGUUGAAGUGACCAUCGCCAUUGAGAUUAUAUUGGACCGACAAACGAAUAACAUAACGGACCUGCUAUUUCGCCGUAAGAAAAUUUGCUUGGCCGGUGUACAGGACGAUUUACAUGGUUUAAGUGAUGGUCCAGAUGAUGUUGAUACUGCUCAUGGUAUUGAUGGUGCUGGGUUACAUGACCAACAUGAUGGUAAUGUUGAUGCUUCCGGCAAUGUUUACUCUUCCGAAACUGGUAACGAACACUUAUCGAAUGAAGAACAUAACGUUAUGCAUGGCAAUGAAUUGGGUGUUGGCUCGACUGGUGUAUUGAAUGCGUUUGAUCCCAUGUUGAAGGAGACUAUUGUGCCACCCACUGGUGGGCUUGUUACUCUCAUAAUUGGUGGUAUUUUGGCAUUGUUACUGGUAGCAUCACUUAUAAUCAUCGCUUAUUGUGCAAAAGGACCAAGCAAACGCCAAAAUCAUGGUGUGCAUUUAAUUAAGACAUCAAGUUUCCAACGUUUGCCCACCAUUUCAUCAACGGCACACAAUUCGAUUUAUGUUUGUCCCUCUACUAUUACGCCUACAUAUGCUACACUAACACGACCAUUCCGUGAGUAUGAGCAUGAGCCGGAGGAAUUCAAUCGGCGUCUGAAUGAGUUGAAUGUGCAGAAGUGUCGCGUACGUUUGUCGUGCCUUGUACAAGAGGGCACCUAUGGACGCGUUUAUCGUGGCACUUAUAAUGAUUGCCAAGAAGUUUUAGUAAAGACUGUUGCACAACACGCAAAUCAGUUGCAGGUUUCAUUACUAUUGCAAGAGGGAUUAAUGUUGUAUGAGGCUUCACAUCCCAAUGUGCUCUCUAUUCUCGGUGUUUCGAUUGAGGAUUUCACAACUCCUUUCGUACUCUACACUGCUGGCAGUAAUGCACGUAAUUUAAAGUUAUUCCUACAAGAACCAUCAUAUGCUCGUAGCGUUACUACCAUACAAACUGUGUUGAUGUCCUCACAAUUGGCCAUGGCAAUGGAACACUUACAUAAUCACGGAGUCAUACAUAAGGAUGUUGCUGCUCGGAACUGCGUUAUUGAUGAUCAAUUGCGUGUUAAAUUGGCCGAUAGUUCUCUUAGCCGUGACUUAUUCCCAGCUGAUUAUAAUUGCUUGGGUGAUGGUGAGAAUCGUCCCAUAAAAUGGAUGUCACUAGAGGCUAUACAAAAGAAACACUACAAUGAAGGCAGUGAUGUUUGGUCAUUCGGUGUAUUGAUGUGGGAAAUGUGCACAUUGGGUAAAUUACCAUAUGCCGAAAUCGAUCCCUACGAGAUGGAACACUACCUUAAGGAUGGCUAUCGUUUGGCUCAACCAUACAAUUGUCCUGAUGAAUUGUUCACUAUUAUGGCUUAUUGCUGGGCCUCACUACCCAACGAGCGUCCCACUUUCACCCAAUUACAGAUUUGUCUAUCAGAAUUUCAUACACAGAUCACACGUUAUGUUUAA